GUUUCUCCAUAUUGUGUCAAAAUGUUUACCUAAUCCCAAAAUAUAAGAAUUAAUUACAUUUUUUUUUAUUUAAUUUCACCACGAGAGACUCGUUAUGGGAAGUUCUUGUGAUUUUAGGUGUAGAAUAAAUUGUGGAGAACACUUUUGAGAGUUUGUUCUGUUCAAAAAUUGGCGGUAUGACAAAAAGUAACCCAUGUGGUCCCAGUUUGGUGUUGGAAACAGAUAACACUUUAUAAAAGUUCAUAAUAGAAAUCAAUACACUGUCGAUUUCAGUCUUUAUGGAUCAUUUUGGACUACAGGGAUUGGACAGAACGUAGCCGGUUUGCUCCUCAGAGACACCGUUGAUAUCAGUGUUACCAUAGAUACCACUGAUUUACUACACACUAUCAAUCUGUUAUGGUCGGCAUACCUUGCCAGCUUUCCAUUGAUUGGUUGGUGGUGUUAUGGGGACAAAGUCUGAGCUUGAAGUCUAAAGGGUUAAACGCCAGAGCUCUUUAAUCAUGACCAGACCUGCAGAGAGGUCCUAUGCCUUCAGCGUCAGCGGAGGGGCAGGUGGCCACGGCACCAGGAUCUCAACCGCUUACGGCAGUGGCUUCGGUGGUGGCUACGACUACCAAUCCGUCUCCAAUACUUCUGGAGCCAUGGCCAUCGGGAAUGAGAAGUCAACCUUGCAGCACCUGAACGACCGCUUGGCUAGCUACCUGGAGACCGUAAGGAAUCUGGAGAAGGCCAACGGGAAGCUGGAGAUCCAGAUCAGGGAGGCCAUCGAGAAGAGGGGGCCCUUGGAGGGAAGGGACUACAGCAAGUACUUUGCCAUCAUCGCAGGCCUGAAAGGCAAUAUUUUGGACAUGAUUAAGGGAAACUCACAUCUUGCCAUUGCCCUCGACAAUGCCAGCCUGGCUUCAGACGACUUCAGGAUGAAGAUGGAGUAUGAGCUGUCCAUGCGUCAGACAGUGGAGGCCGAUGUUGCCAGACUGAGGAAGCUCCUGGAUGACACCAACGUUGUUCGCCUGCACUUGGAGGGCGACAUCGAGUCUCUGAAGGAAGAGCUGAUAAACCUGAAGAAGAAUCAUGCAGCAGAUGUUGCUGACUUGCGUCUCCAGAUCAGUCAGUAUGGCGUGCAUGUGGAUGUUGACUCUCGUAAAGGACCGGACCUGGCUAGGAUCAUGGAGGAGAUGAGGGAUAAGUAUGAGAGGAUGGCACUGAAGAACCAGGAGGAACUCAAAUUAUGGCACGAGUCUCAGAUCACAGAGGUGCAGGUGCAGGUGACAGAGAGUACCACAGCUCUGAAGGAAGCCACGAGUACUUUGAGUGAAACCAGGAGGAGGUAUCAGGCCCUGGACAUCCAGCUGCAGUCUGAACUCAGUCUGAAAGCGUCCCUAGAGGCCACCCUGCGGGACAUCGAUGCACGUUACAAUGCUGAGAUAGAGAAGUACAACAACAUCCUUUUGAGGAAGCAGGAGGAGCUUGCAAACAUCCGCGCCAGCAUCCAGCAGAACACAAGGGAGUAUGAGGCCCUGUUCAACAUCAAGGUGAAGCUUGAGGCUGAGAUCGCAGAGUACAGGAGGCUGCUGGAUGGCGAGGCCGACCUGAAACUGGAGGACGCAAUUGACUCAAGGAAAGUCCAGACCAAGGUGGUGACAUUCACUCAAACUCUGGUGGACGGCAAACUGGUGUCAGAGAGCAAGGAUGUGCAAUCCAGUGAGGAGGUUGUUGGUUAAAAGCACAUAAGAAGAACUACUGUAACAAAAUGAAAUAAAGAAGAAAGAGCGUAUCAUCAUGA